GGUUUCUGUCGGUGUACGUUCUCACCUCUGAAAGCUGGGACGCCGUGGGUCACGCAUCAGUGUGGAACGAGAGGAGCCGGCCCGGAGCCGGGAUAACAAGCGAGGAGUCGGCGUGUGUUUUCUACAGACACAAGAACAACCCGUCUGUUUUGAUUUGCCAGACGACUUGCUACAUUGCAGAAGACCAGCUGUUCCAGUGGACGGAAAAAGUUUUUGACGUCCUGCAGCACAGACGGCUGAAUGUGACUGUGCUGUCAGACAGCUCUUUGGCUGAGUACAAGACAUCAGACUAUCUGUGCGGUAGCUCCACUCCCUUCCUGCGCUCUCUCCACACCGCUGCUUUCAGUGGUCAGCCUGUCUGCCAGUCACUGGAGCAACCCAACAUAAUCACUGGACUUCCAGCUGCAGUGCUGAACCACUGCGAGGUCCACCACGUUGCCACCGUUGUUUACCAGUGUUACAGUGACGUCACCGGCCCUGACUCCGUCACGAUGGAGACCUUCAAGCCCGCACUAACCAAGCUCAGCAAGUCUGUUCAGUUGAACCCGUCUCCGAGCACAGACGUCCUCCGCAAGUUUGUCAGAACCACCAACAUCCAGAGCAAUCUUUAUACCUGAAAAUAGCCAUGUGGCACUCUGUGCAGUGCAGUUUAAUUCUAUUUUCCUGUGGUAAAAUACUGUCAUUUUUAAAAUAAAGAAAUAAAGUGAAGAAAGCCUCUGUGUAAAUGUCAGUAGUUUAAUGAUUUACCUAAUUGAUUUUGUUAUCCUGCCGUCAAUAAGGAGUCUCAUUAGUUUCCAAAAAAGGAGAAUUAUAAUCUUGAUUUGGUCACUUUUGUGUUCUGAUUGAUAAUAACAUAAUUUAUGACAAAUCUGCAAAUGAAUCAAAUGCAUUCUCAAAGGGAGCUACAGGUUACCUCUCCCCUCUUUUCACUACACAGAUGUUUACUCCCCAGAAUAACAGGUUAUCAAGGUGUCAGGUGAUUUGAUGAACACGGUCAGUUCAGCACGGCAUCAGAAAUUUAAUUAAUUUGUAAUGACUUUAAAUCCACAUUGCGUCGUGUGUUUAUAUCCCACCAAAAGUAAAGGAUGGGUAAUUUAAAUGUUUCCACAGCCUUUAAUUAUUAAGUGCUCCAUAUGCAGAAUAUCCUGUUUUUAAAUAAUGUGUAUUAUAUUGAAUUGUUAUGUCUGCAUUAAUGUUACAUUAAUCACUUUAAUGUUGGUUACGGUGGAACUUAUUCUUUACAGGCGUACAUUAUAUAUAUGUAGUUUUCUUUUUCCCCGGAUGGGGGCAAUAAUGAGCCAGUGAGCUCUUUUUCAAACACCGGAAAUUCAAAGAAGAUGAAGUGAGCGAAACUCAAAACAAAUCAGUUGGCACUUAGUUACUGUCAACAAACGAACUUUAUGUGGAUUUAUUUUGUCUUUAUGUGCGUUGUACUGUCGACAAACCUGCUGUCUCAUCACGUCAACGUAUAACUAACAGUUCCGCCAACUGGAAACCAAGAAGACAUCCAGAGUGGUGAGUUAGCAUCAAGCUAACGUUACCGAUGAGUGCCAGCCGGUUUAUAACCGCUGCCAGCUGCAGGUGCAAAGCCUCAGCGAGCCGGAGUAAGGAGCACCCAGCUCCGACAGGGGCCAGCAGGGUGCUGGCCGGGAGGAACCCGGCGGUGGUGGCGGUGGGAGCCUGGGUGGAGGGCGGACACGACUUGGUGGAGCACCCGUCGGCUCUGGCUUUGCUAACAGAUGAGAUCCAGGCAAAAAAGAGGAGGGAGACUGAAGAGGGUCUUCAGCGAUUUCAAGUUCAAGUACGCCAUCGUGUGGCACAGCAAGCUCAAGUCAGCAAGAAGAGACAGCAGCCGCAGACAGACUCAAAGGUGAAACCUGACAGAAGAAUCCUACAACAGCAGCAUCAGGUCUGGACCCAGCACGCAUCUGCUGGUGAGAGGCCGGUGUCUGCGGGAGGUGCUGCACAGCGGAGGGUGACGGAGAGGAGCUCUCACCAGGUAAGACGGUUUUGUUGUUUAACCAUCACACACACGGCUGGAUAUUUGGCCAAUGAUCAGCGAGAAGUGGCCGGUCAGGAACAGUGUCUCCAGUUCAUAGUUUGUCCACCAGAGAGCACUGGGGAAUACUUUCACUGUGAAAUGUCCCACUCAGCACAAAUGUUGGCCACAGUUAUUCAACUACCACAUUUUAGAUAUCCUCAUUUA